AUGGCCACAGAGAGACCAGUAAUAGUCCUCAUUCACGGUGCUUGGCAUCCACCUCACUACUAUCGAAAGACAAUCGAUCUGCUACGCAAGCAAGGCUAUGUAGUACUGGCACCUCCAUUACCUACCACGGGACUGGAUGACUCCGUCGCAGGAAAGACGUACGUCGACGAUGUCAAGCGGGUUCACGAGGCCCUGCUGCCACACCUCGACGCUGGCCGACAGGCAGUGAUUCUCUGCCACUCCCAGGGCGGGAUAGCUGGCAGCGCAUGUGUCGAGGGCCAGACGGUCGAGGACCGCAAGACCAGGGGACUUGAUGGCGGUAUCAAGGCCGUCGUCUACCUUGCGGCCUUUGCGCUUUCUAAUCAUGGAGCAAGUUUGAUGGGGGAUAUCGGCGGCAAAUGUGCGCCGUUCUUUUCGCCAGACCCAGAAGAUCCUCCUUUUCAUAAACUCAAUGAGAAGGCUGCCAAUACGUUUUACAAUUGCUUGCAGCCCGAGGAGGCGCGUCAGAGUUUGGUGGACGGACUCGUCUACCAAAGCAAGGCGAGCCAACACGCGGGAGCGCAUUUCGUCGCGACUGACGUGACGGUUCCAAAGACUUAUAUCGUUUGCAGCGAGGAUCAAGCGAUACCCCGGGAGGCGCAGAUCCACAUGGCCCAAGCGACAGGUUGCGAGAUUGUCGAGAUCACAAGUGACCAUAGUCCGUUCUUGCAAGAUGACAAGAACCAAGAGAUUGUCGAUGUCGUCUUUCGAGUUGCUUCCAAGUGA